ACGAGCCACUUAUAGGCCAACAAGCGCGGAAGGAAAUACCUCUGCACAAGGCGAAGAGGAGAGCCUUAGGAGGUCCACGACGUCCUCCCGAGUCACCACUCAUAUGCACGGUCGGUGACAGCAUGCGAAUGAGCAUGAGCUUUCCCGAAGACGGUCUUUGCGACUACGUCUUCUUCGACUCCAUCGACAAGGCUGACGGCAGCAUGCCGUUGACGGAUCCGUCGCAGGGGAGCUUCGUUCGCUUCUUGAUGGCUGCCGCGCAACAGGAUGCAACAGACUACGGAGCGGGCUUCGACUACGAGAACCGUGAGAACACGAAGCAGGCAUUGGCGUCGCCCGACGGAAAAGCUCUGCUGCGGAAUCUGUUCGAUCGCGGUGUGUUUCAUUUUGGCUACUUCAACACGCCUGUGCACGAUUACGGCCCGACCGAGCUUCAAACUCUACUAGAAAUACUCAAGAUGGUGUCUGUGUUGAUGCACCGACAGCAAGAGCCGAUAGUGUUCACUGCACUGGCCACGAAGAUGUACUCGCCGGCUUGGACCUCUGCAACGGCAUCGCUCUUCAAGGCGCGGCACAUGCUAGUGUGGAGGGCUUGGCGCAUAGCGGCGUCACUGCGAGCCUGGCCGGUGUCGGUUGCCAUGUUCGGCCGCUGGUACCGGCCACUCUACCCGGACCCGCAGGUCAAGGACCAGCCCGGCAACUACUCUCUGCUGUCGCUGUGCUCGGACAUGCAGGGCCCACAGCUUGGCAGUGUCGUAGAGAUCUGCAAGAAUCUGAGCUAUGCCAAGACCUACCACGACAGCAUGCUGCACGCUGAGGUUGCAUACAACAAGCGUCUUGAAAGGCUGUUCGCCUACGACGAUGACGAGUCUUUUCGCCAAAAGCUUUGCAUGUCGAAGAGCAACCUCACCGGCGUGCAAUAUGGAGUAGCGGCCUACAGCCUGGAGAAAGACGACACGGAGAACGCUUGCGGACAAGGCAGCUUCGCAAGGUUGCGCACUCUUAGGAAGUUGGUCGACUUCUUCAAGGAGUCCUGGUCCUCAGCCAACCUUCUUGAGGACUGUCUUGAAAAGUCAUUCACCCCACCAGUGAAAGGUAAGAUCUUAACUGAUAACCAAACGGACAAUGUCUUGCUAGGCAGCGCUGUUCUUGUCCGCUUCCUGUUCCUGCUCUGUACACCCGUCAGCAAAAUGCCCCCGCCACCGAUUCCGCUGAUCUGCACCGUGAGCGAUGGACUCAAGCUCUCCAUGAUCUUUCCUGAAGACGGCCUGUGCGACUACAUAUUCUUUGACUCGCUGGAGAAACGACGAGGUGCAACGCUGGCCGGUCCGUACACGGACCCCUUGAAACGCUUCCUUGAUGCCUCUUCGAAAAGCGUUAAAACGCAAUACGGAGUAGGAUUUGACUACGCGAAUAGCCGGCGUGUCAAGGACCUUCUGACCAUGCAAGACACGAUCUCUCACCUUGAUAGCCUCUGGAAUUGGGGCGUGUCCCACUACGGCGUGGUGAACACGCAAGUGUACAGUUUUGGCAGUGACAAACUCGAUGAACUUCUGUCGAUCCUGGAGGCAUUAUCACAAAUCAUGGACGAGAAGAGCAGAGUGGUACGGCCAAGCUACACGAUCCUGGCAACUCCUGUAAUGCCGGGACCGUGGACUGAAGUGAUCAUCGAUCGCUUCAAGAGAAUGUACGUGCCGGACAUUGUCGUGUCACUGAGCCACUACUUCUACGAGGACCGAGACCUGGCCGACUGCGUCAUGGUUCCGCCUACGUUUCUGAAGUCCCCGCCCGCGCGUGACUACAUUUACAGUAUGGAGACGUCACACGAAAGCAUCCGGGUCCUGUUGUCAAGUGGCCUGAACACAUCCAUGGCCGUGUCUGUGGCCAUGUUCGGCCGGUGGUACAAACCCCUGCACCCGGAUCCCGACGUCAAGGAUAGGCCGGGAAACUACUCACUGUACGAGAGCUGCGACUACAUACCUGAAACACAGCUCGGCUUCGUCUCCAAGGUGAGCAAAUGUCUCCACAGCACGUACGUUCGUUCACAAUAA